UCUGUCUUUGUCAAGCUCUGGUCCAGAGAGUAGGAUGGGUGUGUAAAUGGAUAUACGUGAGUAGCUGGGGGAUUCCAGAAGCACAAAGAAAGAGAAAAGAAAGGGGUGGGGUGGGUACUCUGAAAGGAGGGAAUCCCGAUGACAUCACUUCUAAUUAGCAUUUGUGACUUCACUAGAAGGCGGGACUAUUCCCCCAGGUGUCUAGGGGGAGUGGAGAGUGCGUGUGUUUGGGGGAGGGGGGGUGGUAUUUAAAGGGAAAAGCUGACAGAGCUGCUGAGUGAGAGAAAGAUUUCAGAGAGCCAAUAUUGCUGCACACGCACAGAGAUGCACGCGGACACGGACACAGAUAUGGACACGGAUACGGACACAGCAGCCCUCUGUCCAUCAGGCGGUGGGGCUUCCUCCCCAGUGAUACCAGCACCAGAUGCCCCGACGCUGAACAAGCGAGACAAGCUACUAGUAGGGUUGGAACGUGCUGGACUGUCCCCAGCUGGGGGAGCCCCUCGACGAAGAGGCAGCAUGCCCGUGCCCUACAAACACCAGCUGAGACGGGCCCAGGCAGUGGAUGAGUUGGACUGGCCACCCCAAGCCUUAUCUUCUGGCUCCUCUGACUCUCUGGGCUCAGGGGAGGCGGCCCCAGCUGGGAGGGGUGGUGUCUUCAAGGUGAUGCUUCUGGGAGAGAGCGGUGUGGGCAAAAGUGCCCUGGCAGGCACCUUUGGAGGACUCCAAGACGAUAAUGCCCAUGAGCCGGAGAAUACAGAGGACACCUAUGAAAGACACAUCAUAGUGGAUAAAGAAGAGGUGACACUGGUCGUGUAUGACAUCUGGGAACAGGGAGAGUCAGGUAGCUGGCUCCGGGAACACUGCCUUCAGACUGGAGACGCCUUCCUCAUCGUCUUCUCUGUCACUGACCGAAGAAGCUUCUCCAAAGUGCCUGAGACACUGCUUCGGCUUCGAGCUGGUCGUCCCCACCAUGAUCUACCCAUCAUCCUAGUGGGCAACAAGAGUGACCUUGCUCGUUCCAGGGAAGUCUCACUAGAAGAGGGCCGCCACCUGGCGGGGAUGCUGAGCUGCAAGCACAUCGAGACGUCGGCCGCGCUGCACCACAACACGCGGGAGCUGUUCGAGGGCGCCGUGCGCCAGAUCCGCCUGCGCCGGAGUCGGGCCCGAGCGGCGGCCGCGGCCGAGGGCAACCCCGAGGGCCCCGACGGCGCGACGCAGCCGCAGCCGCAGCCCCCGCUGCCUCCCGCGCGCCGCGAGAGCCUCACCAAGAAGGCCAAGCGCUUCCUGGCCAACCUGGUGCCCCGCCACGCCAAGUUCUUCAAGCAGCGCUCCAAGUCGUGCCACGACCUCUCCGUGCUCUGAGGGGGAUGCCGACCCGGACCGUCGCCAUGGUCACCGCGGUUACCAUGGUCACCUCCCUUCCCUGCGCCCCUACCGUCGGUUUCCGUUGAGGAGACCUAUCUAGGAAACCAAAAACUCCCAGGAUUCCCCGGGUCUGACCGAGGCCGAGGUACCUAGAGAGGUGGCCCUCGCCCGCCGGCGGGGGUGGAGUAACGAGUGUGGACUUCUCUGUCCUGGGCACCUUAAAGGCAAGGACAUUGACACGUGGGCCUGGGGAGGGAAGGAGAGCGAUUUGUUUGCAAUUACUAUUCCUGUUAUUAUCGUGAUUACUAUUUCCGGGCCGUGCUUGACCACGUUCUACUUUAGAAGGCUCCUAGAAGCGAGGCUUGGGAAUGCUCUGUAGUGACUCUUCGCAGGAUUUGCCGCCUUUGUCCUCAAUACAACUAAGUCUUCGAGAGAUUCUUAAAGGCAAAGUACUGAAGACACCCCCCCACCCCACCCCCUUGAGACUUUUUAACAAGAUACAUUUCAGCCUCCCCCUUUCCCCCUUCAGUUACACUUGGUCCACCUCUCCUUUAAGAGGUUCUUAAAGGUAAAGACCAGGACGUGCUAUUUUGCGACUUCCUUUCAGGAUUUUCUGAUAUGCCUGCUGCACUUGGGCACCUACCCUUUAAGAUUCUUAAAGGUAAGGACUGGCAGGAUUCCUGUCUGCAGGCUCCCCGUGUUUCUUAAGCCGGGUGCUAUUCCCUGGCCUAUUCGCCCUGGUGGCAUCGGUCAGGGCGAACUGCCCCAUUUGAAAUAAAGAAGCGUUUUUCUACGACACACGAUGCCCCAUGCCUUUCUGGGCUUCCGCAGGGCUGGCGUCGGGGUGGGGUGCUUGCCGUGGGUCCCCAGUUGUCUUGCAGUUUUACAUUUACAAGUCCGUUUGGCCUUGGAUCAUUGUCCGCAUUUUACACAUGAGAAAGCCCCAGCUCAGAAAGGUCUAAGGAUUUGCUCACAUAGUAAAUGUAAGAGCUGGGGCAGAAACACUCCCUGAUUUCCAGGGAUCCUUCUGGUGUGGCUCAGGGUCAUAAGGUCCUACACCCACUUUAAAAAUCUUAACUCAUUUUAUCCUCACAACCUUGCUCUAGGCGUUAAGUGCCAGCCUAGACUCAGGUCUUUCCGAUUUCCAGGUGGAAAACUUUAAUCCCCUGGGCCACCUAAGCUACCUGAGGUCACCAAGACAUAGAGUCUUCCCAAGUGUGCCCAGUUAGCAAAUAGAGAUGCUAGUAAGUUUCAAUGGGAAAUAGCGAUAGAUUGAAGGCAGAUGG